AUGGCCGACAGUCGCAAGCCCCAGGCCGCCCUCCGCUCCGCCGCCGUCGGCCUCCGCCUGCCCCUCCCCUACCGCCUCUUCUUCCUCCUCGUCGAGCCCUGCUCGGCCCUCGCCGGCACCUACUACGCCCACUUCGCCCAGCGGACCUACCUCGAGCUCACCGACGCCGCCUCCCUCCCCGUCGACGCCGUCAUCCCGCGCGGCGGCUCCAUCGUGCUCGACCAGCUCGCCAACCUCUACCUCUUCUUCGCCCUCGCCGAGGCCCUCGUCCUGCGCUCCACGGCCGACCUGCGCGUCUGGCGCGCCCUGCUGCUGUGCAUGCUCGUCGCCGACGCCGGACACCUCUACUCGGUCCGCGCGGCGGGCGCGCCCGAGAUAUACUGGAGCGUCGGCCGGUGGAACGCGAUCGACUGGGGCAACAUUCCGUUUGUCUACCUCGGCGCGUCUAUGAGGAUCGCCUUUCUCGCCGGGGUCGGGCUGGGAGGAGGGACCGAGGCUGCUGGGCAGAAGCGUGCGGCGUGA